AGAGGAAAAUGACAACUUCCCGCGAGACAAGAGUAAAGCAGAGGGAAGGGCGAACAGUCACACGUGUCACCAGCCUUCACUCUGUCACACCCCCUGCGCACCAUGGCGGAGGGCAGGAGGAAGACAAUCAUGGAGGAACAAUUAGCACAGUAUCGCAAGAGGAAAAGGAGAGAGGAGGAGUAUGCAGCGCUGAAGCAAAAGAUAUGGGGCUACUUUGCUGCUGUUUUCACCUUCCGGAGGGCUGAGGUUGGUGGGCCAGACACUCACACAGCGCCUGGGGGUCCUGAAGGAGAGACGCAGGCUGACUCUUCCCGUCCUGCCACUAAUACUGGAAAUGUGAGGAGGAGGAAGGCCACUAUGAGAGAGGCCACCACCAUGGGGGAGGAGGAGGAGGAGGAGGAGGAAGCAACUCGUACACCCUAUACUAGAUUAGACUGGGCCAUGCUGUUUCUCAAGAUCCUUAUGUGGCUCCUGCUCCAGAAGGUUUUCAUCCUGUUAGAAUUUGGAGCAGUCUUCUUCAUUGCCAGUGCCUUCUUAUUUAUAUGGUAUAACUUGAGAAAUGAGCCCAAGAAGAAGGGAGAAGCAAGUGCUUACUCUGUGUUCAACCCAAACUGUGAGGCAAUUGACGGGACGUUCACCGCUGAGCAAUUUGAGCGUGAGCUGUUGCAUAAAAUGUGAUAUUACGUGUGA